UGCCUGUCAUGGCGGCGGUAGAUGUGACCCAUGGUCUGGAGACGCUCCCGGUCCCGGUUUGUGGCCCGUGGGAGGAGCUGACUGCGUUUCAGUACACGCCAGACCUGGUUGCUGGACCCGGCGCUAAAGAAGAUCCAAGUGAAGUUACUAUUCUAGGCUGUGAUUGUAAAGAGACUACCUGUGCGCCACAGACCUGCGCUUGUUUGCCAUUUGGUGCCAAUUAUGUCAGCCGUGCUAUUUUGAGCAGCCAGAGGCCCAUUUUAGAAUGCAACGUUAUGUGUAAAUGUGGGGAAUCCUGUACAAACCAGGAGACCCAAAAGGGACUGCAGUUUCAGUUGCAGGUGUGUAGGAUAACUGGUAAGGGCUGGGGACUCUUUACAAAGGAGGACAUCCCCAGUGGUAGGUUUGUGUGUGAAUAUGUUGGAGAGGUGCUAGGCUACGAUGAGGCCUGUAGAAGGAUCCAUUCUCAGGAGUCCACUACAAACAAUUAUAUCAUUGCUGUACGUGAGCAUCUUCAUGGUGGAAAGAUUCUACAGACAAUUGUGGACCCUACCCAGAAAGGUAACGUGGGUAGGUUUUUGAACCACUCGUGUCAACCCAAUCUCUUCAUGCUGCCAGUCCGUACCCACUCUAUGGUUCCCAGGCUUUCACUCUUUGCUGCUCGUGAUAUCUUGGCUGGAGAGGAGUUAUGUUACGAUUACUCUGGAAAAGCCUUCAACGCUGGUGAAAUGUCUGCAAAUCGAGAAUGUGAACAGAGGACAUUAAGCUCACACAAAAGGUGUUUAUGUGGAACACCAUCCUGCUCUGGUUACCUGCCAUUUGAUGAGUGGUUGUGCGAAUAAGAAACACUUUAACAUAAAAUAUUAUUUCUAGUCUCACAUGACUACCAACGCUUUUAUCCUUUUCUAGUUCAGGAACUGGGAUAGCUUAAAUGGGAACUGUCACUUAGAAAAUUAAUGUGUUUAUCCACACUUCUCUAGCGGCAGGUCCAGCAACUAGGUCUGGUGUGUACUGAAAUGAUAAGCACACUUUUUUAUCUUCCAAAUGGCUUCUGCCAUCUUAGUUCCCUGUCAAUCAUUCUUAUAAGCUCUGUUGACUUGUUAACCCCAAAAGUCUUCAAGCUGGUGACUGAUUGCUCUGUCCCUGCACUUCCGCUUAAUGUCCAAGGCUUCAAUGAGGAAAACUUGGAGUGGACACUGAUAGUGUCAACUGAAACUGGUAUAUAUCCUUUGCACUCUCUUUUCUCAGUGGAGAGCAGUGCUUCCUAACUGAAGCCUCAGCCACCAUGCAAGUGAAUAGAGUUAGACUGAGCGGGCAAUGGCUUGAGGACUUUAAUGUUAAGCAGUUUAGUCCCUAUAGAUAAGUCA